GCUGGAGCCCAGUGAGGCAGUGAGGUGUUCAUGCCAGUGUCUCCUCCUCCUCCUCCUCCUCCUCCUCCUCCUCCUCCUCCUGUCUCUCUGCGCCGGGGUCUUCCUCCUCCGACCCCCUCUUUGGUAUCGAAAGUGAAAGGGUUGAACGCGGAUAACCAGAUCGGCUGCUCGUCUGAAUCCGUACACCAGGAGAAGAAAAAAAAAAAAACUACAAAAAUCCUAAAAAUGUCAUUCAAAAGACGUCAUUAUGAAUCACGACCUUGUUGAAAGGUUCCGGGAGAAACUAGACAACUUCACCAUCUCAGAUUAUAAUGGGCUGCACAGUCCAGGUCUGACAUGCUAUUUGAACAGCGUUCUCCAGGUGCUCUUCAUGACCGAAGACUUCCGGGAGGCUGUGAAACGACGCUGCAGUGAAGAUUCCACAACCAUCGACCCACAGCUGAGAAGCCUAUUUGCUGAUUUACAGAAAAGUACGGCGAAAACAAAGAACCUGGUAAAAAAACUGGGGAUCACAAACGUGUACGAGCAACGGGACGCAGCGGAGUAUUUUGAGAAGAUUUUGUGUUUGACCAGUCCAGAGGCAGCCGCGACAUUCAAGGGGGAGCUGAAUCACAAGACCACGUGCCUCAAGUGCCAAGAGAGGAACGAUUCCAGGGUCUUCUUUUGGAUUCUGCCGCUUGCGGUGGAGGACUUGCGUCGUCAAACCUACAGCGUGGAGAACGGGCUGAAGGCAUUCUUCACGGGAGAAAAGGUCUGCGGGGACAACAAGGUGCACUGCAACCGGUGCAAUAAAAAACGAGAUGCAGUCUUCGGUUGCGAGAUGACACAACGUCCAACGGUUUUGACCCUCCUGCUGAAGAGAUUCAGCUUUGACGACAAGCGCAGGUGUUACGUGAAGCUUCACUGCAACGUGGAUGUCCCCCGAACUUUACACAUGGAGAGUUGUACAUACGACCUCUACGCGUUAGUUCACCACUUUGGGAAUCUAACAGGCGGUCAUUACACGGCACAGAUCAAGUCUUUCGAAACUCACGCAUGGUAUCACUUCAACGACCCCAUUGUUAACAGAGUCAUUCCACCAUUGUUUGGGGCCGGGAAUAACUCUUUGAGGUCUUGUACAGCUUACCUCCUCAUGUACCGGAAGGUUAGCAGACAUGCUGAAAAACCUGAUGAAGGCAACCGGCAGUCUGUCUGCACACGUGCAGAUGUUGAUGCUGAAGGAAGUCAAGACGAGGCAGAGAGAGGAGCUCUUGUACCUGAGCUACUGGAGGAUGAGAGCAGCGGCGGAGGGGGAAACUUGAAGCGCUCGAACAACGACAUAUUAAAGAAGUGUCACGGAGAUUCGGUUGCGAAAAAAGAGACACACUUUUCUUGUGAACAGAAUGAACAGCUGAACCCGAGAGCGGCGCGGGUGAGGCCGCACGAAGGGGUGUUACCUCAAACAGACAGCGGAGCAGAUGGAGAGGGCUGCAGACCAGGGCUGCAAACACAAAAGGCACAUUUAGCUAUGCUACAAAAAGAUGGUCAUGAUAGUCGCCUUACAAGAAAUGGAGCCAAACCUCAGGAAUGUAAAGUUUUGAAAAACAAAAGGGAGGCAGUAACAGAGGUAAAACAGAAAAAAGAGGCGCGUUUCAGUGCAGAUGUGUGUGAUUCUGAUCUAAAGUCACCUCACGUUUCCUCCAACGGCGUUGCUUCUUCGACACAUCCAAAGCCGCAAUUUAGCACGCGCCAACCCGCUGGGUGUGGCUCUUCACCAAACCUCUACUUAAAACUAAUCAGUCCAGCGGGAGACGAGGAGGAAAUGCAGCACGCUGCGACGGCAGACGGCAGCUGGAAACUGGCGACCACACACACUGGGAAAAGCGGAGAAAUGAGUGCAAGUCCCAGAGCGAGAAGAACGGCUGCAGAGAGCAAUGACAAAUUCAAAAGAGAGCCAUGGAGGUGAAGAAUGAAUAAGGGAUGCGCGAAUUGCCACUGGAAAUAACUUAUUUGAUGCAGGACUCAUGCAAACCUAAUUCUUUUGACACUGUUGUGUUUUGUUUUGCACCUCAGGGCCCACCCCCAGCUCCUUUUGAGUAGAAAAGACUCCCACCUGCUGUCUAAACGUGGAAUCUUACACAUGUCUGCCUUUUAUUUAUGUAGGUCAACGUAUCUAUUGUCUUAAUUCUAACAUUUCAAGACCUAUUUUAAAAAUCAAUGUAUGUUUUUCUUACUUUUUGUUGUUUGUUAGACUACUUUCCCCGUCUUAAAAAAACGUGACAUCAUUGUUCAGUGUUAUUUUGGGAUUAAUAAUAUUGUAAAAUACUGUCAAUUUGACUUUUUCAUAAUUUUAUAUCUUCAUAAACACAAGUUCAAAUACAUACAAAAACAAAAUGUGUACAUUUUUGCACAUUUACAUUUUAGAGGUUUACAUUGACAUCCACUCUUAAGUCAGUGAGCGUAAGGUGACUUUGUAAAGAAGUAUCUAUGUAUUUGUUGUAUAAAAUGGAAUAACUCAAAGUAUCUCAACAUUGCACUUAAAUACACUAUUGAGUAAAUGUACAUUAUACCACUGAUUAAACUGCAAAAUAAAUGUUGUUCACCUAUUUAUUUGAAUAUAA